GGGAUAGGCACGGGUGGGAUAGGCACGGGUGGGAUAGGUACACGUGGGAUAGGUACGGGCACUCGUUGGCAUUAUCGCGUGUCCACGUUCUUCCCAUCAUCACUCCAAGUGGUACCACCACCUCCGUCGUCGUCGUCAUCUAUCCCAAGGUUCAUCGUGAACAGCAUCAACUAGAACGAGAGGAGGUGCCGGUGUGUUGGCACGGCGCCAGAACAAUGUCUGCAGCCAAAGGGGCCCCCCCGAAGGAGAAGGAGCCCCCCAACGAGGUCCACCAGAACGCGAUUCUGUGCGAGUCGAUCCGCAAGGAGGAGCGAAAUCUGCGCCUCUACACCGAGUUCAGCAUCAACCCCUACCGGAAGCUUUACACCAUCGCCGACAAACCUAACGCUCCCUGCAACAGCCAGCGCUACGAGGAUGCCGCCUUCACCGCGGCGUUUCGCCGGGCGGCGCAGGGGCCGCGGGAGAAGUUCUCCUUCCCGCAGACGGAGGCGCAAGAAGUCGGGUGGAACAACGCUCCCCUGAUCGACACGGACCGCACGGACCGCAGGCUGAACUUCCCCCGCCAGGGCUCGGAGAUCACGACCUACAUGGAGGCGGCGUGGCGACUCAAGGAGCAGACCCAGAACCUCAAGUGACGGAGCCUCGUCCACCCACCAGCUCCAUGUUCACUCGUGGGAGAAUUGUCCAUCCAUGUUCAUCCGUGCGCAACAAGUCUCACUCACCCUUACUCUCAACCAGUGUCAGCGGUGUGUGUUAUUGGUGUACUCAGAGGCAAGAUAGGUGCUCGCCCAACCCAUCCGCCCCCAUCCCCCCAAUAAUUUUUUGAGCUAGGGCGCAGCCUCUUUCUCCAUCGCCUGAAAAGUGGUCCUCAUUCGUAAAGUGACCCAGUCAAUGCGUUGUUUCAUCACACAUGACCAGGAAUCCAACUCUUGUUUUGCUGAUUUGCUGACGUGUCUGUCGGUCAUCCCUGCGUUCAUAGCUCGAGAACCCCCAAAAUGUUGUAGGGGGAUGAGCGAUGGAUUAAACAUCGGCAACGAUCAC